AUUAUGAAGAGUCAAUCGAGAAUGUUGAAUGAUCGUUGUUUGAAUGCUUUCCAGAAUUCGAGGAUUUCAAGUGACGGCAUUGAAGGUGGCACGGAAAGUGUUCGAUGAGGGUAGAAGUGAUCUCAGUGGGAGAUUUCGAAGAGGAAGAAGCUGACGCGUGCUUCAUAUUCCUCGCGAAUUGGGACUCCCUGACGAAGUUUCUGAAAGCCUCGUGACAAGGAUUGGUCGGCGAUAAUUCCGAAGACUCGAAUCUGGAUCGUUCGGUGUGAGUGAUCGCAGAGAUUCUGCGAAUUUGGUGCGCGAGCGACAUUGAAUUGUCACGUUUUCUAAGUGAGCGGACUGGAGCCGAAUAGUCGGAGGUGAAUUAGUGUGGAUAAUAGCCGAAACGCACGUCAGAACUAUGGUGAUGUUGACGGGAGUGAUUCGCGGCAGGAACGGAGAUAUCAGUUAGACAGCAAGAGGAUGCGGUGAGAAGCCGGCUGGUUCGCGAGAUUCGAGAUGUCCGCCGUAACCAGCCCAUAUGGCCCCGCGGAGAUGCUUUCCGACUCGGUCUACAACUACGCGACGACCCGACGGGGCGCCGCCGAUCAGGACAGCGACUCCCAGUACGAGGCCCAGGCCCAGUUGCAGAUCACCAGCAGCAUCCAGAGCAAGCCGCGGAACAAGCGGAAAAACUUCAAGCCCAUAAGCAGCCGGAUGGCGGAGAUAUCCGACGAAUCCGAGAGAGACGACGACGAACCGGAGGUCGUGGAGGAGAGUUCCAGCGAGAUCCUCGAGUACGAGAGGAAAAUGUUGUUGCCGGCCGACGAGAGAUCGAAGCAGAGACUAAACAACAACGAGGCCAGUCCGAUGGACCUCUCGGUCACCACGAGACCGCCGUCCUCCGAAGCCGACGACGAUAGCGCGGACUCUCUCAGGCAUAAGUUCAUCAUCGAGCAACUGAGGUCGCAGAAGUUUUACUCCCCCGGUACAGAAGCGAGAAGCCCAAACUCCGAUUCAUCGGAUAGAAGCGGGAGCGGCGUCUUGGAUGCGGAAUCGUCUCGCUUGGACGAUCAGGAUAUCCAAUUCGAAGAUGAGCGGGGCAACGAUGUCGAUGGCGAAGUCGAGAUCGAAGAGCGGAAGCCCUUCGAGGGCAUGAGGGAAUACGCGGAAUCAACGAUGCAAGAACUUCUGGCAAUCUAUGGGCUGGCGGGAGGCGAACUGGCGAAAUCGGUCAGCAGGCAACUGCCGCCCACGUUCCUCAACCCGAACGUUGGCCAGCAAGCUCAAGGAAAAAUGAAGGUAAAAGAGGAGAAGGACGCCUCGUCGAUGGCGCCAGGAAGUCCACCUACGCCUCCGCAUACCCCGCAAAGUCCGCAACGUGCGAUCCCGUCUCUUAGCAAUCUAUCGCAAUCCUGUCAAACAUCAAACGCAAACUCGCCGAAUCUGCAGCAACAGCAGCAGCAACAACAACAGCAACAGCAAUCGCAGCAGCACCAAUCGCAGGAGCAACAGCAGCAGCAGCAGCAACAACAUCCCGUACAUGCCAUGACUAAUUCACCGUUGAGUCAAAUACUGGUGCAGAAUCCGGCAUUGGCGCAAUUGCUGCAACAAAACCCAGCGAUCUUGUCGCAGAAUCCUCAAUUGGCGCAGCUGCUGCAGCAGAAUUUGCAGGCUCAGAUGGGCAGCGUGCUCUUUCAAAAUGUCAGGCGGGAAGAGUCCGAGGAUUCCAGGGUACCGCCGACAAUAGCGAGCCUGGCGGCGAUGAAGGUGGAGGCAGCUGACCCGAAGGUUUCCGCGUUGCUCAGGCAGAGUAUGUCUCCGGUGGCGGAUUCUCUGAUGAGUGGUUCCAAGACAUCAGUGUCCCAACCAAUCAUCGAUUAUUCCCGAUAUGUGAGAAGAUAUUCAUCCAGUCAAGAAUGCGGCAGUACGUACUGCAAGGAACUGGGUUGCAGGGAGCACUUUCAUUGUCUGGAUUGUAGCGGAAGAGUGUUCGUGAAGAAGGAGGAAAUGAUCAGGCACUUCAAGUGGCAUAAGAAGAGAGACGAGUCUUUGCAGCACGGAUUCAUGAGGUACUCGCCGACGGACGAUUGCUCGGAAAAGCACCCUGGCCGGUCCUGUCCGCACAAUAGAAAGCAAACUCACUAUCAUUGCAUUCACGAGAAUUGCGACAAGGUGUAUAUAUCGACAUCGGACGUGCAAAUGCACGCGAAUUACCAUCGCAAAGACUCGGCCAUCAUACAAGAAGGCUUCCAGCGAUUUCGGGCCACCGAGAGUUGCGCGACUGACCAUUGUCCGUUUGUUGGACAACGUACCACGCACUUUCACUGUCGUCGACUGGGAUGUCGGUUCACAUUCAAAAAUAAAGCCGAUAUGGACAAGCAUAAGUCUUACCACAUCAAGGACGAGCAACUAGCACGCGACGGUUUCAAGAAGUUUAUGAAAUCGGAAGCCUGCCCUUUCGAUCAGUGCCGAUUCUCUCGGGUUUGCAAUCACAUUCAUUGUAUACGACCGCACUGUAGCUACGUUCUGCACUCGUCCGGUCAGCUCUUUUCGCACAAACGAAAACACGACCGUCACGAUACAGAACUGGCUUAUCGGAAGUACAAGCCGGUCACUACGGUAGGUGGUAUUCGUCCACCUGGGUCAUGGGCGCCGGACGAAUUAAGUGCUCAAAGUUUAUCUUUAAGUCUGAACGGUGAGAGCUCGAACGAAGGCCGAGGUUCUCCGUCGUACUAUUCUUUGGAAGAUUCUUUUCAAAGUGCUAGCGAUCUCGCUAUGGAUCUCACCGCUCCGACUACGACCAUUACGGCCAGCGGAAGUUCCGUUAACCUUGAGCAGCAGCAACAAUCUCAACAACUCACCGCCGCCGAAUUGGCCUAUCUGAUACCGGCCACUUCGGAUUGCGCCUGUAACGCCAGCAGAGAGCACCAUCAUUGCGGAUUAGACCGCUGCGGAGCGACCUUGAAGGAUCCCCGGGAAGUCAGAGAACAUCUGAAGGAACAUGAGACGCAGGAACGCAUAACGGACGCUUUCUUUGAAGAGGGCGGCUGCGAUGAUAAUUGUCCGUACGCGGACAAAGAGAAGCAUUAUCAUUGCAAUUGGGAGAACUGCCGAGAAGUGAUACUUUCUACCGACAAGCCAUUUCGUAGAUUGCAGCAUUAUAAGAUUCACGAGUACAGCCGACAAUUAAAUCUCUCUUGUUCCUCGCAUGCUCUUUCCUCUGAUGUCACAUUGACCCACCUGACAAACAUCGACGCGAUGUUCAGGCGGAAGCGCGGUAGACCUCCUAAAAACCGCGUGAUAGAAAUCUGGUCAGGCGGCGACCCCGCGACACAUACUCACGAUUCGCCGCAAGCGAUCUUUACGAGUUUUAAGCUCCCCAAACCGCAAACUCCUAAUUUAAUAUCUAAUAUGCUAAUGGAUGAUCGAGAAGGCAGCGUGUCGCCCUCGAACAGUUUGGGCGAACCUGACGGAUUCGCUACGUACAACUCAGAAGGAUGUCCGGACACGGCCUGCGUGCUUAGAUCAACCAGGCAUCAUCAUUGUUCCCAAUUACGGUGUCAUUUUUCCACCGAUCGGCCAGACCAAUUGCUCAUGCAUAGUAAGGAUUUCCACGACAAUGUCGACAUACCACCGGGCUUUGCCUUCUAUGAUAAGAUGGUCGACUGUCGACUGGCUGGCUGUCACAGUAAUCGCGUUAAUCGACAUUUCCAUUGUACCAGACCAAAUUGCGGGUACUCGUUCGUUAGAUAUUCAACAAUGGCAUUGCAUGAGAAGCAACACUCCUCCGGUCACGUCGAGCCCUGUGGUCAAGAGUCAAGUAAUCAAGAAUGUCAAACACAGCUUCAAUCGUUGGUCCAGGAGACGAAACCUAGAAUCCAGGUGAAGAAUCCUGCCGAAUUGAUCGAGAAGCCUGAUGAGAGUUUGACGGUAGCUGACCAGGAGAGCAGAUCGAUAAUCGAGGAUAAGGAAUCCGAGCUCGCGAGUCCCGAUAGUGCCAAGACUACCGUGGUGAGGGCGGCUGGCACCUAUUAUCCGGUCAGCGGACCGCCGAGCGAACCCGCACUUCCGGGCGUCGUGCUAUCCAUGCGAACUUCCGUGCACCAAGAAUCGCCGGUUAUGCCGUCUAUGAGCACUACCUCGCCGCACACCUUGUAUGGACCGGAGCAAAGCUGUAGCAGGCCCUUCUGCAAGCUGAAACGCAAGAAUCAUUAUCACUGCAACGCGUGUAAUCAGGCUUUCUCCGAGUUAGAUCGCUUGGUUGCGCAUAUAGCGAAGCAUUCGACCGGUGCCAUUCUCAGCCAGCAGCAACACGACAUGGUUAGCCCGUCGCCUAAUCAGCUGCAGCAUGAUUACAUCACGCAGCUGUCGCAGAAGCACGACUUUAUGUCACCGAACGCUCAAAUGGCUCAAAACAUUCAGAAUUUUCAGAGCCAAAUGCAACGGCAGAUGCAGCAGACUCUCAACCAACAGUCUCAAUCGAAAGACAUCAAGUUGGAGAAACCGAGAUGUAGUAUCGAUAUUGGUGUACAAAAUGUCCCAAACGUUAAACGGGAACCGUCCGAAAUUGCAUGUAGGGACGAAGGCAACAAUACUGCGAUAGAUAAUCACGAAAACGGUCAAUUGGCGCAACCACCAAUUCAGCCUAGCAAUGUGCAACAGCCUUCGAUACCGACAAGCUUCGAACUCGAUCUCAGCCAUGGCUUUCACUUUCCGAGCCCCGCUGUGAUGGCCGCGAUGAACCAACAGAUCGCUCUGAUGAAUCAGGCCUUACCGCCGUUUCUUCAGCACGGUGGGAUGUAUGCCGGUGCACCUGGACUGAUGUUUGCGCCCGGAUUACCACCGACCAAUUUUCUCCCACCUGCGAGAGACGAAAAUCCCCUAGCUUCGCUGGCAGCUAAUCUUAAUUUGAAUAAACGAUCUCUCUCACCGCCAGACGCUAAUUCGCCGGAAGCCAAGAAGCAAAGACUUCAUCAUUCAAUGCGCAUGCUGAAGGACGAGCCUGUACCAGAAGGAUAUGUCAGAUUCAGAUUCAACGAGGACUGCAGGUAUCCUCAUUGCGGCUACAGAGAGCAUCAAACUCACUUCCACUGCAUGCGUCAAGACUGUGGCUAUUCGUUCUGCGACAAAACUCGAUUUGUGCAACAUACCGCAAGGCACGAACGGCUAGAUACCUUGAUGGGAGGUGAUUUCCAGCAGUAUCGGGCUAACGUGCCAUGUGGCAGGGCUCAAUGCGCGUAUACAUCGUCCCUCGGAUCAAUGCAGAACAAGGCGUCACAUUUUCACUGUUUGAAGUGCGACUUCGUUUGUACGGACACGAAUAAGGUGGUCGCUCAUCGGCGACAACAUGCCAAGCUGGACAGUAUCGCAGCGGCGGGUUUCCAAAAGUUUACGCCCAGUCAACCGUGUGGAGCUGUACAGUGUCAACACUCUGGCAAACAGACGCAUUAUCAUUGUUUGCAGUGUCAAUAUGCGGUAUUAGGUCUGGCGCAAAUGUCGGCGCACAAAUACCGACACAUGGACUCCUAACGAUCUCCCGUAGAACUCCUGCACGUUGCAGGACGCCCGAAUAAAGCAUUACCUUGGUCCCUGUAGACAUUCCCUAGAGAAUGGUGUUGCCCAUUCUUCUCCCGACUAGGUGGAAAAUCGAGCGAAACCAGUAGGGGACUAGUCAACGACUUUGUCGCAACUCGAUGCCCACCGUCGAUAAUUGUCCCGCGUAAAAGAAAGUCUAAACGGUCGUCCGCGAAAUUCUGGAAGACGCCCACUAAAAGACAAAUUCCUAGUCCCUAUAGACAUUCCCCGAAAAAAUACUUGAGUGCCUCGAUUGUUCACGAUCGAGCAACGUUCCUGGUAAUAUGGAUGAUCAGUGGCAACCGGUAGGGGGCUAGUCAAUAACGUUUAUCUUCAGAACGAGUACUAUUAGGUCGAGAUCUUCGAAUCAAGAUACGUUCGGUAUCUGUGGCUACGUCGAGGAAACGUUGAGGAGAUUCGGUCUUUUUUUUUUGUUUUUGUAUAUAGAGUCUAAGCACUCUUCUCUCUCUCUGAGGUGAACCAGCGACGAAGAAUCAGAGAAACGAACGCAUUAUCGAGCAAUCUUUGCAGAUUCUAGUAAACGCUUCCACGUAUAAACAAGAACUUUGAUACGGGAUAAAUUCAGUAGAGAAUUACGAGAUUUAUGUAGUCGAACCUCAAAGUAUAAUUCUUCCGGACCAUGAAUCUUGAGAACCGGGAACGAGAACGAGGGAUGCGAGAAUCUGGCGUAGCACUAAGACAAUAAUAUGAAGACAAGUCUAUAAUAUAGCUUUAGCAUGAAAAAAAGACAAACUAUAAUAUUUAAUAGGAGAAAAAAGGUACCUUGUACAUUUUUCCCUUUGUUAGUGUCAUUCUGUGUACCCUCCGCGUGAAGUCCUUACGAUAAUCUAGAUAAUAGAAAUAGUUUAAUGCAUUGUCCGUAAAGAAUAAAGAGAAAUAGUAAUACAAAGUGGCAAGUCGGCGACGCGACAAUUCAAUUGAUACUCUGUAUGCAUUGCGAGAUAGUAGGAAUUAAUGCAAUUGUCAUAUCUUUCGCUUUGGUACUGAAGAAGUGAGAGAAAGAUAUAUCAUUUUCCUAUCGUCUAGACACUCUAGGCUGUAAAAUUAAAAAAUGCCUAUUGCGUUAUGUCGGCGAUAUUAGCGUUCCUAUUGCGCAUUUGAUAACGAGAAGAUCAAAUAAUAGUUACAAUAUUGAGUGCUCUUUACCUCUCUGAUUAUCUUUUAUAUUUGUUGUAAAAAUUUCUAGAACAGUUGCUUUAUAUGUGUCUUUCGAUUAGUAAUUGCAAAUUAUUUAUUUAAUUAAUUCAUGUAAUAGAGUUUGAUUGUGCAAUGACAAUGAUCCGUUAUAAUUCAAUAAGUAAAAAGGCGAAAUUAGAGAAAGAAUGGGUUUAAGCUUCAAAGAAAAAAUCGA